AGUGGAGUAUACAAGAAAAAAAAAACCUGUUAAAUGGACGUCGCGACCAAAAAGACCACGCUCAGUAGUGAGGUUGGAUCGGACUGUCCGUGAAAAAGUUGACGUUCGUCGCGAUGCGCGAGGACGCGAGAAGCCGCGUAUAGAUUAUUAGAUUCGACGUGCCGGUGUUAAUGAAUCUUUCCUGUUUGCUGGUGUUCGCAAAAAUGUCGCACCGACGCGGUUUCAGAGGCAUGCCGAACUCCUUCACGCGACACAACAGAGACGAACAAACACAGUCGUCUACAUCCGGACGUGGAAGAGCGUAUUCGCAAGCACAAAGACCUCCUGGACUGAGGGGAAAAGAAAUAGGAUUGUAUUAUAGAAACAAAAAUUUGGAGAGACAAAAAAGAAAUGCUCAAGAAGUGCUCAGAUUAUCACCUAGAGUGGAGCAAAGAAUUAAAGCUAUAUUAAAUAAUUCAAAGAGCUUUUACAAUUCUUCUUAUGAAAAUUGCAAGUCCGAGCAUGGCAACAAGUAUCAUCAAAUACACGAUACUCAAUUUAAAAGAAAAUUUUUAGACAUUAUAUAUGGUGAUAUGCAGCAGAAUAUUGCUAAAGCUAUGAAUGUGCAGUCAAAAUUGCAAAGAGAUAGUGAUACAGACCGAAUAUUACAAAAUGAAUACAGAGAAAAACAGAGGCAGGACGCUUAUCGAGCGAUGUUGAAAUUUCGAUCAAAGUUACCGGCAUAUGAAAAAAAAUCAGAAAUAUUACAAAUGGUUGAUGAUAAUCAAGUUGUUGUUAUUAGUGGAGAAACCGGAUGCGGCAAAACUACACAGGUUGCACAAUUUAUAUUGGAUGAUGAGUUAGAAGCUGGAAACGGUAGCGUUACUCGAAUAGUUUGCACGCAGCCUAGAAGGAUCUCUGCUAUUUCCGUUGCUGAACGUGUAGCUAUGGAAAGAGCAGAAAAUCUUGGAAACUCUGUCGGUUAUCAGAUACGACUUGAAAAAACUUCAGUGCGAGAGCAAGGAAGUAUAUUGUUUUGUACCACUGGUAUAUUAUUACAAAUUAUGAAGCGUGAUCCAGCAUUAAAAAGUUUCUCUCAUGUAAUAUUGGAUGAAAUUCACGAACGUACCACAGAAAGUGAUUUUGUCAUGACAUUAUUAAAGCAAAUUAUUCCGAAAAGAAUGGAUUUAAAAGUUCUCUUGAUGAGUGCAACAUUGAAUGCUGAAAGCUUUUCAGCAUAUUAUAACAAAUGUCCGAUGAUACAUAUACCAGGAUUCACCUAUCCAGUAGAAGAAUUUUAUUUAGAAGAUGUUUUAUCACUUGUGAACUACAGAUUUCCCGAUCCACCCCCAGAACCUAUAGGUUACAGAAAGCACCUAAAAAGAUACAAAGAACAACAACAUAAAAAAGAAGAAUUUUCAAACAUAUUACAACCUUAUAUUAGACAACUUAUAGCUGAGAAGAAAUAUGAAACACAUGUUACUAAUCAAUUACGGAAUCCAAUUAGUGAAGAUCUUUCAUUAGAGCUCAUAGAAAAAUUAGUUAGAUAUAUCUGUAAUACAAAAGAUCCUGGAGCUAUUCUUAUUUUUUUACCUGGUAUGAUGGAUAUAUCGAAAUUAAAUAAAAUGAUGUUAGACUCUGAACAUUAUCCAAGUCAAAAAUACGUUAUCUAUCCUCUUCAUUCACGCAUGCCGACAGUUGAUCAAAAACUUAUAUUUAAAGAAUCACCUCCUGGCGUUCGUAAAAUAAUCAUUGCGACUUCAAUUGCUGAAACGUCAAUAACUAUAGAAGAUGUUGUGUAUGUAAUAGAUUGUGGGAAAACAAAAUUUGGAAAAUUUGAUGUGAAAAAUAAUAUUCAAACUUUAGAGCCUGAAUGGGUGUCUUUAGCUAAUGCAAAGCAAAGACGCGGUAGGGCUGGCAGGGUUAAAAGUGGAGAGUGUUAUCAUAUGUAUACAAAAGCACGAGAAAUGACAUUUGCUUCAUAUCCAUUGCCAGAGAUGCUGAGAACGCGCUUAGAAGAAGUAAUUUUGCAAAUAAAAAUCCUGCAAUUAGGGAAAGUUAAAGAGUUCCUAGCUACCGUCAUGGAUCCACCAGAUUUAAGAGCCAUUGAUCUGUCUCUCGAGUUACUUGAGACACUCAAUGCCCUCGACAAACAUGAGACUUUAACUCCUUUGGGUUAUCACUUAGCGCACUUGCCACUUGACCCUAGAACAGGAAAAAUGAUUCUGUGGGGCGCAUUAUUUUCCUGUGUCGAGCCAAUAUUUGCUAUUGCUGCUAGUCUCACAUUUAAAGACGCUUUCUAUUGCCCAUUAGGGCAAGAAGAAAAGGCUAAUGAAAAAAAGUUAGAACUGAGCAUGGAACAAUGUAGCGAUCAUAUUGCUCUCGCAGAAGCUUUAAGAAGAUAUGAAAUUGCAUGUCAACGAGGAAAUGCUCGCCAGUUUUGCCGAGAAUAUUUCCUCUCUUUCAAUACGUUGAAGCUCCUCUCCGAAAUGAAAGUACAAUUUGCACAGUAUCUGUAUGAUAUGAAGUUUCUAGACAGCGAAAAUCCAAGUUAUAUAAACUCUAACAGAAAUUCAGAUAACAUAGCAUUGAUAAAAGCCAUUGUCUGUGCAGGAUUAUAUCCUAACAUCGCUGUUAUAAGGCGAAUUAAUAAACAUGGGGUGAAUGCUUGGACACCGGAAGACGGUAGCGUAUGUAUACAUCCGUCGAGCGUAAACAAUAAAGUUUCCAGGUUUCCUAGUCCAUACUUGACAUAUUUCACAAAACAACGCUCUACUGCCAUAUUUUUGCAUGACACUACGUGUAUAAGUGUACCAAUUUUAUUGUUCGCCGGUUCAAAUAUAUCGAUAAGACGAGAAAAAGGACAAUAUAUAAUUCGUUCUUUUUCGGAAGACAUUAUUUGUGAACGAGGAACUGGAGAAAUGAUACAGGAACUUCAACACGCUCUGAAUAGUUUAUUGGAAUAUAAGGUUACGAAUCCAGCAACGGUCUCUUGGUCAACCUUUGAAGGGGACUUAUUAAAAGGCAUUAUUGAACUGGUAUCUCAAACAGGUCCAGAAUUGGAUUUUGAUAACACGCGCCAAAACGUAUAUUAUGACGAAGGUUCCACUGAUGAUAAUGUCGAUUGACUGCGCAUUCAUUCAUUUAUUGUAAAUGUUAAUAAUUUAUUUAAUCACUUCGAUAUUGUUCAAAAAUAUAAACAUCGUUGAAAAAAUUUAUGUUGUAA